CAACCCAAUGCGUUUUAAGAGCUUUAUAUGCUCUCUCGAAUUUUUUUUCUUCAAAUGUGGUUGUCCCGUUAUUUUUCUGUGUUGUUUUGCGGACCCCUGUCACAAGAACCGCGCUAACAAACGUUCUGUACGGCGGCUGUUGCAUCGGAUUCCAGGCUGGAUCCAUCCAAACUUUGACCCCUGGUCGAGACAUGUGGAUUCGGAGCUUCCAAAUCUUCAAAAAAUAUUCGAGAGAGACUUUUUGACAACGACUUCUGCAGUCCAACUUAACCGACAUCACGGCCACAGAAACGGAUAAGAACCAUUUGUGAAUCUACAAGGGUAUAUACGACCGCAAUAUCCAAAUUUACACGACAGAACAGUCUCUAUCGCGAAAUCCCACCGACCGAAACGAGACGCGACAGCACGAGCUUUGGCUUGUCGCGAAAUUCCAACUUCCAAGAGCAGAAGAGCAGACAACACCGCAGGCAUGCUCUACGACCUCAACAUCGCCUGGUCGCCGACGACCUUAGUCUCCGAGCUCGAACGUACACUCAAGUUUGCCAAAAAUCUAGGUUACGAUGUCGUCGCCUUGAACCAGACCAUCACGGGCAACAUCCCAACACAACCGCAUCCGAUCAGCAACCCGAUCCCACAACUCACACCUCCGCACCCAUCAUUCCCCGCGGUCCCACCCUCCUCCUCCUCCUCCUCCCUCCCCACCGUCCUCCGCCGCGUAACCCUAACCGUCACCGACCCCUCGACAACCAACUACCGCCUCGCCGACUUCGCCCGCUCCUACGACCUGCUCGCCCUUCGCCCGACAAACGACAAAGCCUUCAGCUGGGCGUGCCUGAGCACCACGGAGCCGCCGGCGAUCAUCAGCCUCGACCUGACCCAGUUCUUGGGCUUCCACAUCCACCACCGCACCGCCAUGGCGGCCGUGCAUCGCGGCACGCGCUUCGAGAUCUGCUACAGCCAGGCGUUUUCGUCAGGAAACACCGUGGAUGCGCAGAGGGCGAGGAGCAAUUUCAUCGGCAACGUACUGGGCCUGUUGCGGGCGACCAAGGGCCGCGGGAUAAUCGUCUCAAGCGAGGCCAAGAGCGCGUUAGGGCUCAGGGGCCCCGCGGACGUGGUUAAUCUGUUGGCUGUGUGGGGGCUGGGACCGGAGAAGGGGACGGAGGCGCUGGGGACGGGACCGAGGGCGGUGGUGGUCAAUGAGGGUGUCAAGAGGCGGGGGUUCAGAGGGGUGGUGGAUAUUGUGCAGGCUGCUCCUGGGGGUAAAGUGAGAAGCGAGGAGGAGGAUGGUGCGGAAGGGGGAGAGAAGUUGAGUAAGAAUCAGAGGAAGUUGCAGCAGAAACAACAGCAGGGACAGAAGCAACAGCAGCAACAGGGGCAGAAGCAGGGAGGGCAGCAAGGCCGAGGCCAAAAGCGUAAGAGUGAAGAGAGCAGUGGUGGCGGUACGGAUGGUGGUGGGCAGCAGAAGAAACAGGCGAAGUAG